AAAUCAUGUAUUGUUAGCGAAAGUGGACUUUGGUAUUCUGUGCGGAAAGAGAGGAGGUCACACUGCCCGCACUAGCAUUCGUAAAUCAAAAAUUAAAAAUAAAUCAAGUAACAAAACGUGCGCGUGGUCGAUGCGAUAACCGCGAUCCCCGAUUCCUGAUCUUCGACUUCGCUCCCCGGAAGCUGCCGAUCCCACCUGGUCUUGGGCGCUACUAAGCUGCUAAUCAGCUGCGAGAGUUACAGUACAAGCUCCUGGAGAGAUGAGCCUGCAGUCGAUCAAGUACUCGCGUGGCAGCCUGGAGAUCCUCGACCAGCUGCUCCUGCCCGGUCAGUCCAAGUACGAGGUGGUGCGAGGCGUGGAGGAUGGCUGGAAGGUCAUCAACAAGAUGCAGGUUCGAGGUGCUCCCGCCAUCGCUAUCGUUGGCUGCCUCUCCCUGGCCGUGGAGAUCAACCCAGAGGAUUUUGAGACCAAGAAAUCACUGCGGCAGGAGGUCGAGGGCAAGCUGAACUAUCUGGUUUCCGCCAGGCCCACGGCGGUUAACAUGAAGAUCGCUGCCGACGAGCUCAUCACCCUGGCCAACGACCUUUACAAGGACGAGGCAAUCGACGUGAACGGAAUGAAGCAAAGAUUUCUGGACGCCACCGAAGCUAUGCUAAAGAAAGACAUUGCCGAUAAUCGAGCCAUUGGAGCCAAUGGAGCCAAGGCGAUCCUGCAGCGCGUGGCUGAGAAAGGUGGAGCUCCCGCUGGAUCCACUGGAUCCGUCCGAGUGCUUACCCACUGCAACACUGGUUCCCUGGCCACCGCCGGGUACGGAACAGCGCUGGGAGUGGUCCGCCAACUGGCCGAGCUGGGAAAACUAGAGCACGUUUACUGCACAGAGACCCGUCCUUACAAUCAGGGCGCCCGCCUCACAGCCUACGAACUGGUCCACGAGAAAUUCCCCGCCACUCUGGUUCUGGAUAGCAUGGUGGCUGCUCUGCUGCGCGCCAAAAAUGUGGCUGCUGUGGUCGUGGGAGCAGAUCGGGUGGCCUCCAAUGGGGACACGGCCAACAAGAUUGGUACCUACCAGAUUGCCGUGGUGGCCAAGCACCACGACGUGCCCUUCUACGUGGCCGCUCCUCUGACCUCCAUCGAUCUGGCGAUCCCCGGAGGCGAUCACAUCAUCAUUGAGGAGCGGCCCGACCGGGAAAUGACGCACGUGGGAGAGCACCGUAUCGCUGCCCCGGGCAUUAACUGCUGGAACCCCGCCUUCGAUGUGACCCCUGCCUCCCUGAUAACCGGCAUCAUCACGGAACGCGGCGUCUUCAAGCCGGCGGAACUGAAAGAGGCCAUCACCAAGCUGCUUGAGUCCUAACCGGCGCACAGAAGUUGUUUACGCAUGCACUCCAACCCCCAAAAAACUGAAACCGCAGAAACCAGAGCACGCGCGCUCGGUAUAGGCAUUUUGCCAGCUGAGUUUUGUAUACAAAUGUUUUCCCGCCUGCCAAGCAGAUGUGGGUCGAUCCGCUGGGAAGCACAACGCACAAUAUACCUCCUACAUAUGUAGCCCCAUU